AAUGAAGUGUCGACCCCACAGACCGUUUGACAUUAGAGCCCGACUGCCUCGUCCACCCUGAAGACAUGAAGACACCAUUGACCACACAAAUCAAAGACUAAUUGACACGACUGUCACGGUCACUCUGUGUCAAUUCUAUGUGGAUUAUCUCGGAUUUAAACGCAUUAUGACCGCUCGGGGGCCGAAACUGUCGGCUCGGUGAGACACACGGGCAGCCGUUCAGCUGGUAAUGUCUUUUUCUCACCGAACGUGUGGUUUUCGUGCAUAAACGGGACGUGUCGUUGUCAGUGCACGAGCAUGUCAACUGCAUCGCAGCGCGACAUUUGACUCUGGGCUUUCCGACGUGAAAUAGCUAAAUUGUUUCGGCCAAGCGGCAGCAAUGGCUUCGGCGAUGGGUUGCUUCGGCGGUCCCGAGGUGCUGGAGGACGUCAAUCACGCGCGGGGUUUGAUGGACGAGCUGAAGCUGCUGUACGACUGCCGGCUGCUCGGUGACGUCACCAUCCGGGUCGAGUGUGACGAGGAGCCGCCGGAGCCCAGCGGGGGGUCGGCCGCAGGCGACGCUGACCCACUUUUCCUGUGCAGCCGCAACGUCCUCGCCGCCGCCAGCCCUUACUUCAAAAGCAUGUUCACCGGGGGGUUAAACGAGAGCGUGCAGGAGAGGGUGGUCAUCCGCGGCGUGGACCCCGAGUCCAUGUCCGUCAUCAUCGACUACUGCUACACGGGCCGGGUGACCAUCACGGAGGGCAACGUCCAGCGUCUGUACGCGGCGGCCAACAUGCUCCAGCUGGAGUACAUCAGGAAAGCCUGCUCCGGCUUCAUGACGAGGAGGCUGGACCUCUCCAACUGCGUGGGAGUCCUGAAAUUCGCGGACACGUAUGGCAACCCCGAGCUGAAGGAGAACGCGCAGGCCUUCAUUGCCAGGAACUUCGGCCAGGUGUGCAACGGCGGGGAGCUCAGCGAGCUGGACCUGACGCAGCUGAGGGAGAUGCUGUCCCUGGACACCUUGGACGUGGACUGCGAGAGGAAGGUGUGCUCCGCCGCCCUGCAGUGGAUCGAGGCCAACGCGCUGCUGAGAAGGGAAGACGCGCUGCUGGCGCUCAAGUGCGUGCGCUGGAAUUUGUUCACGGAGAAGGACAAGUGUUACCUGGAGGGCCUCAUGGCCAGGCCUUUGAUCGAGAAAUACCUGGCGUCUUUCUACAAAGGGCCGACGGAGGACAGCUGCGGGACGCCCGCGGCUCUGGACGCGCCCAAACACCGGGUGGGUGUGAGCGCCAAAGAGAUGAUCCUCUUCUUCGGCCUGCCCAACGACAACAUCAUGUGCUGCGACCCUUACUCGGAGGACCUGUACUUCAUGGCCCCUCCGUUAGAGGACCUCAGCAGUCAGGAUUACAAGCGCUCCACCAUGGAGUCCCUGAUCGCCUGCGCCGCGCCCGACAACAACUUGUACCUGGCCUCCCACCUCUCCAAGCACUUCUGGCUGUACAACCCUGUGCUCAACAGCUGGCAGGAGCUGGCAGAGAGGCCGCUGGGGAGGAUUCACUCUGGGAUGGGCUACCUCAACGGCCACGUGUACCUCCUGGGGGGACGGAAUCCCGUGACGGACGCCAGACUGAAGGAGGUGGAGUGUUACAGCGUCCAGAGGGACCAGUGGACGUUCGUGGCCCCUCUGCCUCACUCUCUGGGCAAAAUGCAGGUGGUGGCGCUGAACGACCACCUGUACGUGGUGAACAAGCGGAGGAUGCUGUGCUACGACUCCAAGAGGAACCGCUGGCGCCACUGCGGCUCGCUCAGGAGGGACAAGCUCCACAAGGCCUGCGUGUACCAGGACCAGAUCGUGUGUGUGUGCGACAUCCCCGUGGUGAAGGCCUACAGCCCCGCCAGAGGGGAGUGGAAGAGGCUGGGCGACAUACCCAUCGACAGCCGCGCCCUCAAUUACCAGGUGAUCCAGCACAACAGCAAGCUGCUGCUGCUCACUCAGACUCUGCUGCAGCACAACAAGAACCGGGUCCUCAUCCACGAGUACGACCCGGCCCGGGACGCCUGGAAGAACAUCAUGGCGGUGUACGUGUCCACCUUGGGGCCCGUGUGCGUUUCGACGCGCGUGUACCCGACGUGCCUGGGCUCCGCCCACAGCUUCUCCACAGAGGAGGACGACGACAGCGGCUCCAGCGCCGACUGGGACUUUGACGGGUUGACGGACGCCGACUCGGACUCCGGCAGUUCGAGCUCGUUCUCGGACGAGAACUGGUAGAGAGAGUUGGAGACUUUGUCUUCCAAAAUGAGCCUUUGCAGUGUAGAUGCACAGGACCAUGGGAACGAUUUGGAAUGAAGGUGAUCAUCUUUUGUAAGCAGAAACAUUUGAACCAGUCAUGCACAGGUGUGUUACCAGUAAGAUAAUACAUUUAAAAACGUCCACCUGUGCUCUUCCUGCAGUGAAGGCCAUAAAAAGACGUACAUUUGUGACUGAAAAAUAUAAAUAUGAGAGAUUUUAUUUAGUGUGAAUAAAUGAUCACUCCCUGCUUAUGAUUGGUGCAAAAGGGUGACUGUGAAUCUUUUUGGAUACCUGGCUGUGCGAGUGCCAGCUAAUGUUUAAGACUUUUAACGUGUCAUUUACAGGGCAUCAAAACUUCCUGUGUUCUUUUUUUUAUGUAUGUAGUCAAUGCACAACAAGAGACACGCACAGCAGGUGCCAAGAAAACCACUAAAGCCGAUGUAACGUACACUCAGGUUGAGGCUUCAGCACAAGCCCGAUGCCAUAAUUUACUUUUUCUAAUGCAGUAUAAAUUACGGGCUUUGAGUGAACAUUUUCUUGAAUUUAUUUCAAACAAUUUUAUGGAUCCCACAUAUGCGUUUUCUUAAUGACGAUGUCGAACUUUCCGUCUGUUUUACAAUCAGGAAUCUUAAAUGUUCCACAUGUUUCUUUUUAAGUGUUGUUUGUUCCUGAUGUUUCAGUUUGUAGCAACGCCCUCGUCCUCCCCACACACGCAGCUACCAGUUUAUUAGAACUGCUUCUAAUGGGUCUGCUCUCAGCCAUAGAAGAUAGUAGACAACGUAUUAGAAUCACUUCUCUCUCUUGGACAUUGCAAACUACAGCCUCCCAAAACCCCAUCAAGUGGAAGGAACAACGUUACUUCAACCUGCUCGGCUUAAUGAAGGUUGGAUUAAUGUCAGGGCUGUUGUGUUCUACUAGCUGCUCCUAAUAAACUGGUAAAUGCCAGCAGUUCUUGAUGUUGUCCCUUUUGUAUGCUGGAUAGUGGAAGUGUUACGUUUUUGUGUGUGUGUGUGUGUGAAGGGUGAUUGUCAGUGGUAGCACAGACAGUCUGAAUUAUAAAACUGUUUUGGAUCAUCUGUCAAAUAAACACGUUUCAGAAAAGGA